AUGGCUUCGACCGUUGCGUUGAUGGCCGGGAUGCAGUCCUUUGACUCUUCCGAUGCCGAUGGACCGUCUCGAUACGAAGGCGUCACCCAUGGCGGGAUCACCUUUGGCUCGGUUGCGCCGUCGUUCCACUCGGAGGAUUACGAUGAGCCACCACUCAUCGGCUCGGGCGCCCCCGCUGCCACGGCUCAACCAAACGACAACCACGAGGUUUCCCCAGAACGACACCAAGAUGAGAGCAGUUUGAUGGAUGAGCAGGAAAUGAGACCCGAUCCCGUCGAAUCCGAACGUUUGGCGAGUCGCAAGGUCAAGACGACGACCAAGGCGACCGCGACCAUUCUCUCCUCCCACAGCGGUCGAUCCCGACCCACGUCUUCCACGUCCAGGGCCUCGACCACAGCCGCUUCCUCAUCGAGGAAUCCAUCGGCUUCUACGGUAGCGACGACCGAGCCUUCGCCGAAACACGCCUCCCGAUACGUCUCGACCGGCGCCUUGCACGCAUUGGACGAUUCGAGGGGCGAAGGCAACGACGAGUCCAAAGUUGUCGGAGACAGGACGGCUCUGUUGAACGAGAUGGACCUCGAUGAUGACUCGGCGAGAUGGACCGGGAACAAAGGCAAGAAGGCGGGCAAGGCCAAAGCGACGAGCGGGGGAUUGGGCCAGAACAUGACGCUUCGUGAGCAGGAGAAGGUGAGCGAUCAGGUCCAACCUGAGCAUGUCGGGACUAAAGUAAUAUGAUUGUAUUACUGAACUGGUGUCACUUGCGACCAGGUCAUUGACGAGUUCAAGAAGGAGAACUUUGAUCUCAAGCUCAAGAUCCAUUUCUACGAGCAACGGCUCGAGCGACUCGCCCCCGAGCAGAUCGACCAAGCCCUGAGGGAGAACGUGCAUCUCAAGGUCGAGUUCCAGACAUUACGCACCGAGCUCAAGCGGUACAAGAAACUUUUGAUCGAAGGGAAUCGCGCCAUUGAGACGCUCAAGAUCGAGCGCGAUUCGGCGACUCAGAGUGGAAGCGGGGCCAGCGAGCGCGAGCGGAGACUGGAGAAGGAGUUGGCAAGGUGGAAGGAUGCGAGUGAGCGGGAACGCCGAAACAACGAACUUCUAGAAGCUCGAUUGGAGAAGCAGACGCGUGAAAUGUGGGACAUCCGCAACCGGUCGGCCGAUCUCGGUAGCGAAGAUGCGCGCGUGAGUUUCCUCCUUUCGCACAAAUCCAUCACAGUGGGCUGACUACUCUUCCCAAUCACAGACCGAGAUUGGUCGCCUGCGGAAUGAGCUCGACGUCGAGCGAGAAGCAAGGGAGGAAGAUCUUGGCGAAAAGGAUGAUCUGCACUACAGGAUACGCGAGCUGGAGCGGCAACUCGACGAGAUGGUGGAGCAGAACAUCAGGCUUCGAGAUGAAGGGCGCGAGGACCCAAGUUCCGCGCGAGGCGAUGAUGGCAGUAGCGUCGGCAGGGGGGGUGGCCGUUCUCAAGAUCUCCUUCAGGUGAGCAAAAUCAUACAUAACGAUGUUGACAUGAGCUCUUACGCUGAGAUACGAAUACAUCACUUCAGGAGCUCGCAACGCUACGGGCCGAAUCAGCUGCACAACGGAAGAUGCUGGCUGCACGGGCCGACGAGCUCACUACCCUUCAGGACCAACUCGAGGAUGCCAAGCACGACAUCCACGACCUCGAAUUGGAGCUCCAACAGCAAGAGCGUAUACGUGCUCGGAGUGAACGCAGUAUGUCCAGUGCCGAUGAGGGCAAAACGAUCGAACAGCUCGAACAGGAGAACGACGAGCACCGUGAUCGCGCCGCUGGGCAUGCACUCGAGGUCGAGCAAUUGCAGAUCGAACUGGCCCAGAAGGAACUUGAAAUUGAAGCACUGCUCGAAGAACAUGACAACCGAAGCCAGGACCAGGAUCUACAAAUUAAGCAGAUCGACGAGGAAUGGCGAGAGGCUGUCGACGAAGCCGAAACGCGCAAGAUCGAGGCUUUGGAUGUGAGUCUACACUUAUGUGGUGAGAGGGGCGACGGUCGGUGCUAAUGAGCCUUGUUACGCGUUUCAAGAUGCUGGAGGAGCGGGAAGCGGAUGUCCAGGAUCUGUCCGAGAAGUGCAAGCAAUUGGUCCAGGAUAUUGAGGAACUCGAAGUUGAACGUGAAGAGAAUGCCCACGAACGGCAGGCACUCACCAGUGACCUCGAGAAAGUGAGUGCUGGCUGUCGGAAAGCGGCUGUGCGUCUUGGCGGCACUGAUGUCUUCCCUUCAUGACAACACAGCUCGCUGGUCAGAUUCGGGAGCUGGAAGCUGAACUGGACGAGAAGGACAUUAAGGUCGAAGAGCUCACCGACGCUCUCAAUACGGUCGAACGCGAUGCCCAGGAAAAGCAGAUAACGCACGACCAAAUGAUCGCCGCGAUGCAGGAGCAACUCGCCACUCACAGAGCCCGCGUCAGUGAACUGACGAUACAGCACGACUCGAAGGAUCUCGAGAACAAAGUUUUGCGCGAGCAGUCUGAAACUCUCGCUGCCCAGCUCGCUGCUUUGGAGGCACAACUGCGAGCUGCAAAGGAGAACAUUCGCAAGCUCGAAGAUGAAGCGGUCGCGAUCAUGCGUGCGCUGCGGAAGGAAGAAGAGGAGCACGAGGCGGACCAGAAGGAUUCGGCACGACGGAGACGCGAACUGGAAGUCGCGUGGCAAUCUCGGUUCGAUGAGCAACAUAGAGUAAGCCAAUGACUUUUUGUUCGGAAGACCUUAAGGCCCCAGCUUCACAUACUGAUUGAGGAACCGACUUGUCUUACUCUGCAGGAGCUGGGACAGGCCCAUGACGACAUGCAGCAUUACAAGACCGUCCUUGACGCGAGAGAGGUCGAUAUCCAGAAACUGCAAGACGCUCUGAACGGUCUCGAAAGUUCGACCCGCCGACUGGGUGAAUCACACGUCAAUGAUCGCUUUGCUCUCGAUAUCGAAUGCGACCGCCUUAAGCGUGAUCUUGCUCGUUGCGAGCAAGAACUGCAGCUCGCCAAGGAAGACCUCGAGGAUAGGACAGCCUCUAUACGCGCCAAGGACAUGACUCUGGCGACAUUGCAGUCGGAGAAUAAGGACCUGACAAAGGACCUGGCAGAACAGAGGCAAGCACGUCUUGCCUUGACCGACAAGCACGACGCUGCGGCCAAGACUUUGCGCGACACACAGCUCGAGCUUUCGGCUGCCCGCGACCGACUACGUGUUAUUGAGGAGCAACUCAGCACCGACCAUCGCCAGCUCAGCCGCACUGAGAACCAGUACCGCGAUCAAUUGACCGAACGCAACACUCUGCUACUGACCGUACAUCAGUACAUGGACAAGAUCGUCGGAGGUAGCCAGGUGAGUUUCUGAAAAGCGACCCCAGUUGCGAUUAUGCUCAAGACAGAGCUGACCGGACCCACAUUUCACACUCGCCCAGCGCAAAUCUGGCCAGUCUGAGCUCAAGCCCUUCACCAACUUUGUCAUCUUCCACGACAGUUUAAUCAGCCGACUCAAGAGCGUAAAUCAACUACAAGUAUCGUUCGAUCGACGGACACGGGAGAUCGAGACUAAGUUCUCGGACCAAUUCGCCGCCCUGAAGCGACAACACGAUUCGAGGCUGAAGCAAUUGGAUCGGUUCGAGGCCGCUAUCAAGACUGCUACUGAGACGCAGAGACAAUGGCGGCACCGCGUGCAUACCAAACAAGCCGAAGUAGACGCGGCCCGUACCGAGGUGCAGAAUCUUCAAACGCAAUUGUCGGCGCUUCGAUCGUCGGCCUCGAGCUCGCCCAGCAGUCCGGCCAUGUCUAAUGAAUUGAGUACCCUUACGAGGCGUGCUACGACCGCGGAAAGGCGAUUGGCAGCUACGCAGACCCAGCUGCGCAACGCGGAGGACAAGCUUGGAGACGCGCGGGAGAAGGUCGCCGUUGCCGAGGGCAAGUGGGAGGCGAGGUUGCGGGAGAUGGAGGCUCGGCUCAGGGCCGCGGAGGAGAAGGUCAAGCGGGAACGACAAGGCGCGAAGGAGCGCGUCGCUGAGCUCACACGGACGAUUCAGGAGUUGCAAACCCAAGUCGCACGCGCCGGGCAACGCGCCCAACUGCUGGACGGGGUUCUUGACGAGACCGAGAAGAACAAACGGCGCGUCGCGGCGGAGUUGUGA